AUGGCCACUACCACCUCUUUGGGCAUAGGUAUUUGGCCAUCCAUGUCUAGUGGGCUGACAGCUUCCCACGCCGAUACUCAAUCGCAUCGCCCUCGUCGUAAUAUGCAUUCUGAGCACCACCAGCAACUUCACCAGCAGCAGCACUACCUGCAUCGGCAAUAUCCAGCAGCUUCGGCCGUCCUUGUUCCCCUGGAUGAUGUUGCGGCUACUAGAGCACCACAUGGUGGGAUACGUACCAGCUUGGCUCCAUACCUAACAAGCGAGCCAGCAUCACGACCACAUCGCAUCAACACCGGCAACGGCAGCGGUGCCCAUGAAAGCUGCACCACAGCACGCAGUUCCGACGUCAAUGUUGCUGACAACACACACAUGCUCGAUUCAUGCCUCUACUUCUCUGCCCUACCCCCAUUAUCUUCUCAUGCCAAGCGACGCGGUCGAUCGAAAAUGAACGCCAUCGACCAAGCUCAGCAGGCAGCCAAGCUCGAGCAAAAGUCGCGUCGUCGCGAGCAGAAUCGAAACGCCCAACGUCGUCUACGAGACCGCAAAGAAGAUCACGUUUUCAAACUCGAAGGGGAGGUAGCUCAACUUCGUCAACAAGAUGAACAGCGUUGUUCCAAAAUGCGCGAUUUGGAAGAGAUGAUUCGAAGACUUCUAGGCGAGCGACAGGAUCUGCAAACGAGGUUAGAGUUGCAACAGGGAGGUGAGACAAGCUUAGGGUUAGGCAAUACUUUGGGAUUGGUGGACAAGUCUCGCAUGGAUAGAGGCGAGAAUGUGGGAACCGAAAGCAGCACCGGUAGCAGUCGAAGCAACAGCAAUAGAAGACGAGGCGGCACGGAUUCUAACAGCAGAAGCAGCAGUCACGAGUGCUGCUGCGUCAGAAUCGACAUUCGUGAUUCAUAUCUCCCCUCACCACUAGCCCACUCGAGACGGGAAGCAAAAAGAUAG